AUGUCGCCUUCUGCAGCUGGGGAGAUAGACGCACUCAUCCAAGAUGUGGCUGCAGCCUCCAAACUGCCAGCCAAAUCUCGGGGGGCCAAUAUCAAGCCUACAGUAGCUAGCCUGGCAUCCUUGGCCUACGAGAACGGCCUGCUCCCCACUGCGCUUGACCAGCUCGUGAGCCUGCUUGUUACGCCCAGUCACCUCGACCAGGCCAGUCUGAACGCUAUAGCCAGAAACCUGUAUCCCGUCGCCCGAGUAUCACGCGAUGUUGUCGUCCGUAUCAUCGGCGCUCUCGGCCAUGGAACGCUCAAACCUUCGCUUACUAUUCAGGUGGCCCUUCUGAAAUGGCUCAUCAUGAUCCACCACGUAUUAGAGACCCCAGUUGUGCUUGCCCAGGCUUAUGGCGUUCUCUUUAACUUGCUAGACACGGCGGCGAUUAGACCAAAUGUUUGCCAUCUAUUGGCGCUGAUCACACGGAGAAAACACGUGAAGCCGUUUAGAAUUCAAGCUCUAUUGACGCUGUCACGGCAAACGGCAAAUGAUCCGUAUCUGAUUGGCCUUUUGAGAGUCUUCAAAGAUUACUAUCCUGAAAUCAUCUUGGGAGAAUUAGUUCGUGGCAAGGCUUCGGCAUUCAAGCAUCCGGAUGCAGCCUGGAAAGAGAGGCUUCAGGAUAUCCAAGAGGCAUAUGCCUUGCAAGCGGAGGAGAACACACGUGGAGCCCUCGAUGGGUUUCAAGUCAAUCGUGCCAGGGGGCGUGGCCAAGGAAAACGUGUCGUGCCAUCAGUACACACGUCUCAUGUCGCCGAGAACGCGGUCACGCUGGAAGAAAUUGAGAACGUCACCAGCUUUGUCCAGAAAAUGGACAGGAUAGAGAUGCCAAAUCAGCUCGUGGCUGUUCUUGCAGACCCCUUACUCCAGAAACUCUUGCUUUUGCGUCCCAGCGCAGAAGCUUACCAGCGGAUAGCCAACUGGCUGAGCUCGGUCUUGCAAAACGUCCUCGAGGGGGAUGCCGACAAGGCCACGCUAUGGGAGGUCUUGGACGUCGUGCGGGAGUUUGUCGUGCAGAGUAAACCACUGGAAGCAGCUGUUCUAGAUAAUACACCCGGCUCUCAAGUUGACGUAUUAACGCUGUACACUCGGCUUCUGCACCAUUGGAUUGCCAUAUUACAGUCCAGCGAUGCAAUUCCGGCACAUGCAAACACGAGUCUGAGGGCGCUGAUACGGCACACCGGGCAGCUCAGCCUCACUCUUCUACAGACGUCGCCUACGGAGUCUGUGGACAUGGCCAUUCUUGAAUUUUACGAGCAGGCCACCCGCCUUGUCAACGACGAAAGGCUGAAGGACUACAUAGGCAUUGAACUGCCGCCCUCUGAACUCAUUUACAUCUUCCUGUUCAGUGGCUCCGUAACCACCGUGUCCCGCCUGUGCGACAUUUUGGCGUGCUACAAGAAGGGCUUUGAGAUGGCCAUGUCAACCAAGGCGAGGAACGAUGGCUCCAAUAGGAUUGAUGCCCUCUCCUAUGACCGAGCCUACGUCAAUCUAUACAACGGCUAUCUCAUGGACAUUUGCAACUGUUUCUGGAGAAGCCGAGCGUUUAGCGAUGCGGACACCAACUCGCACGGCUGCAUGAUGCCGCGGCCUGCAGUCUCCAAGCUGACGUCGUAUGUGAUGUCGGUGGACAAGACGUUCUCCCUUGCUUCACUGUUUUCAUUGUCGUACUCACCGGUGCUCUGCCUCCAGAGCAUCCAGUCGGUGCGAGACCUCGAGGACGCAGCUAUUGCGAGCGACAGCUCCAUUCGAACAAGGCAUGCCGGGCCCGUGACGCAGACCAGCCUCACAAAACUGGCUACUUCGGGGGGCAUACAGCUCUCGUGGCAAGAGUACCGCAUCGAGGUGCUGAGAUCACUUGCUGAAAAGAACCUUGGCGGGAUUGCCGAGCUGUUGAAGAACACAAUGACAGUACUCAAGAAGUCAAUGGACGCAACACCGCGAGCACGGGCCAAGAUGCUUCACGCUCUGUGA